UGUGGAUGUGCGGGAAGGAGAAGCGCUUUCCUUUUCCUUUCCAACAUCCUGGACUAACAAGGGCUCUCCUGGGAUCCUGGGGGAUAACUGGACUCUGACACAGAGUGAUAGAGAAAGAGAGGGAGAGGAGAGAAAAGAGAGAAAAGGAACAUAAGGCACGGAUCUCAUAUUCUUUCUGAAAGGGCUUUCCCAUGGCAGAGAGUGGGCGUCCCGUGUCUGAGUUAUACCCACCAGGAGGCAGUGUUUCCCUUGAUUCUGCCCUCUUCACCGACCCCUUUCUACCCCUCUCCCAGAGCUCCACAGAUGGGCUGACAGGUCCCCUGAGGCAGGAGGAACUCAGGACGAGCUCCAGUGAGCAGACAGCUCUAUGCUCUCACAGAGACAGAAAAAAUGGCAGACAGGGGCCUACUCAGGCUGUCCAGCACACCAUCCAACAACACACACCUGACCAUGUGGACCCCAGGACUGCUGUUCACCCUCACAGUAUGGCUGAGUCAUCAUACACAGCCCAUCGCCACGAAGAGGGCAUCACCAGCCAUGGUCACCAAGCCAGCAGGGACGUGUUAUCAGCCUUCGGAGAGAGCCAGGAGCCCUACCCCUCGUCAUCAUCACAGAGAGAUCUGAGAGGACUGGAUCUGUCCAUGCUGCCUGUCCAGAGGAGUCACUCAGAUACCCUCCACAUGCUCAGGGAGGUCCCUGCCCCCCCAACCCACAGUGAGACCAGCUGCCCCUUGUAUCCAGGGAGAGACUACCUUUUCCAGGAUGCCUCUCCUCAGGCCUUCUCCAGGUUUGCCUGCAAGCAGCCCAUGCAGGUCCAGCACUGCAACACUGUCAACACCACCUGCAGAGGGGGCAAUGGCGGAGGUAGCAGCCCCACACUGCAGCCUCAGGCCGGGUGUGUCAAGGUCAGUGCCCCUGGCCCAUCUAACACAGCCGCUGAGGUCGGCGAUGAGGCCCAAAAACAACAUUCAUGUGAGGAGGCCAUCUGCUACUGCACUUUUGUCCACCACCACGGGACGUUGGAGGACACGUUUGCGGCGUACUGCCACUCCCAGCCCAUCCUCGCCCCUGCCCAGCUGCUGCCACGCCUGUCGGGCACAGAAGCUGAGUUCAGGGACCAGAGGGUGCUGCCACCUCACCCGGCGCCUACCCUCCUCUCCCUCCCUCGUCUUAUGUCCUCCGUCAGUGAGACGGGACUGGAUGCCAAGCGCCUGCUGAAAUGCUGCAACCUCAAUUGCAACCUCAACUGCUCCUGGGCCAACACUUUGCCCCCUAGUGGAGCCCUGCAGCAGCAGGAGUAUAGCUGUACUAGCAUCAACAAUAGAGCCACCAGGGACACAGGGACCAUGACGUCACACAAGGAGCUCAGGGAUGUGGGGGUGCAGACUGGGAAGGUCCACGAGGCGCGCCUGGCCCAUGUGUUCCCCCAGAUCUGCCUGGUGGAGAAGAACAGGAACGAGCAUGGGAAUGAGAGCGGGAAUGAGACGGACACAUCCCAGAAGUCCCCAGUGAAGGAGGUGAAAUGGGACGCGGAAGGGAUGACGUGGGAGGUAUACGGGGCAUCUGUGGAUCCUGAGGAGCUGGGUCUGGCCAUCCAAAAGCACCUGGAGCUGCAGAUCAAGGAGACGGCUGUCCGUACUGCCAAGCUGUCCUGCCAGGAUACGGCCAUUUCCAGGAAGAGCAGCAGUGGCGCCGGCGACAGGAAGAAGAGGGGCGGGGUGAUGGGCUCUAUCAGGACCCCAGCCUGCUGCGCAAGCUCCAGCAUGGCUGUGGACUGAGGGGGGAAACCUGAACACUGUGCUUGGUGGUCAAGAUGUCUGCAGCUUUAUUAUGCAUUGAAUGUGACCCCAGAACACCAGAGACAGUGUGACCAGCCUUACAUAGUGAAUAAGAUCAUUUUUGUGUCAGUCAGAAUAUUGGCAUGUGUACAAGAACCUACCAUCAUAUUGAUAAGAGGUGAAUGGAGAGAAAGUGAAAGGUUGUAUUUGGAUGGAAUUAAUUCGUAAUUGUACCUUCAUCAUCAGCAUAGAUGCCAAGUGAUAGAGUGCUGCCAUAACAGUCAAACAAAGGGAUAUAAGUAUUUCUUUAUCAUUUAUGAUUGAUUUAUUGACUGGGGGGAAUAACUCAAUCUGAACAAGGGGUUCUGUAAACAGACAAGCUAAAAGGUAUUAACAACACAGAGUGGGAAAAGAAAGCAUAAAUACACCACAGACUUCUAAUCACUAUGGCUAGAAAUAUGUCUAUCUUCCUCUCAUAAUGCUAUGAUUUCAUCAAAUUCUGUGUGAAUGUUUGAAGCAUACAGUAGUUAUCGUUUAGCACAUGAUAGGGACCAUAGCAAUGUAUACAUUUAUUUUCACAAUAUUUAUACUGCCCCAUAUUCACAUUGAAAAUCUAGAAAAGUUAUCACAAUCUUGUUUUAGCAGUACUUCAUUCGACUGGCAUAAAAUAAGUAUUUAACAAACCUCAAAUUCUGUGAUCUCAGAUUAUUCAUUCAACACUGUGAUGCAGCGGAGAAUACUUUGACAUAGAGAAGGGGUUAACAGACUGGAGAAUGUCUUUCAAUAUAUUAAUGCACAAAACAAUAAUAGCCUAUUUGUGAAUAAUAUUUUAUUUUCAUUUUUACAACUUUCUCAUUUGAACAUUUAUUGCAUUUGACCCUGUACUUUAUUAUGUCUCAAAAACAUUUUGUGUAAAGGAUCUAAUGUAUUAAAUGUUCUGCAUGAUGAUUGUCUUGCGCACUCAACCACAGCCAAUGUUUUAGUCAUGUACUGUAUCUAAUCAGAGGGUUAAAGUUUAACUAUUAACCAGUUAACAAUCAUGUUGUUGAUCAAAUAACAAUCACUUAAUAGACCCACACCUCUACUCUGGAUGGAGUCUGGAUUCCAUCACCACUGUAAAAUGUACAGUCGUGGUCAAAAGUUUUGAGAAUGACACAAGUAUUGGUCUUCACAAA